UUGCCUCGCGUCUGCAAGUGGAAAACCGCGGAUAUAGCACAAAAGUCCAUUUCGAGCGUUCAGUUGUAAUGUUAGGAUUGUAAAACAUGCGCUGAACACACAACAAACAACCACCAACAUUUAUUUUAAAUUUAUCGCCGCCAAAACAAGACGCGUGUGACUAUUUACGCUGUACGCUCGCUGGCUUUGUCACGCGUGCAAAACAUUUUUCAGCAGUUUUUCACAGUUGCGGAAAAUCGCGACACUUGAAAGAGUUUCCCGCAACAAGGCAAUAUGAGCACCACGACGGAUUCGAAGGCGCCGUUGCGCCAGGUGAAACGCGUGCAGUUCGGCAUUUUAUCACCUGAUGAAAUACGCCGAAUGUCCGUGACGGAGGGCGGCGUUCAGUUCGCUGAGACCCUGGAAGGCGGUCGGCCGAAGCUAGGCGGCUUGAUGGAUCCACGCCAGGGUGUGAUAGAUCGGACGUCGCGCUGUCAGACGUGCGCGGGCAAUAUGACCGAGUGUCCGGGACAUUUUGGGCACAUUGAUUUAGCUAAACCCGUCUUUCACAUCGGCUUCAUAACGAAGACCAUCAAAAUCCUGCGCUGCGUUUGUUUCUAUUGCUCCAAGAUGUUAGUCUCUCCACACAAUCCCAAGAUCAAGGAGAUUGUCAUGAAAUCAAAGGGUCAGCCACGGAAACGCUUGGCUUACGUCUACGACCUGUGCAAAGGCAAAACGAUUUGCGAGGGCGGCGAGGAUAUGGACAUGACCAAAGACAAUCAGCAAGUGGAUCCGAACAAGAAGCCCGGCCACGGUGGCUGCGGUCACUAUCAGCCAUCGAUCCGGCGCACUGGCCUGGACUUGACGGCCGAAUGGAAACACGUCAACGAGGACUCGCAGGAGAAGAAGAUCAUCGUCUCCGCGGAGCGUGUCUGGGAGAUCCUCAAGCAUAUUACCGACGAAGAGUGCUUCAUACUGGGCAUGGACCCAAAGUAUGCUCGACCCGAUUGGAUGAUUGUCACCGUGCUGCCAGUGCCUCCUCUAGCCGUCCGCCCGGCUGUAGUUAUGUUCGGUGCAGCCAAGAACCAGGACGAUUUGACCCACAAGUUGGCCGACAUCAUCAAGGCCAACAAUGAGCUGCGCAAGAAUGAGGCAAGCGGCGCUGCGGCUCAUGUCAUACAGGAGAAUAUAAAGAUGCUGCAGUUCCACGUGGCGACGCUGGUCGACAACGAUAUGCCCGGCAUGCCGCGCGCGAUGCAGAAGUCGGGCAAGCCGCUGAAAGCGAUCAAGGCACGUCUCAAGGGCAAGGAGGGACGUAUUCGUGGUAAUUUGAUGGGAAAGCGUGUGGAUUUCUCUGCACGAACUGUCAUCACGCCCGAUCCCAAUUUGCGCAUUGACCAGGUCGGUGUGCCACGUUCGAUAGCACAAAACCUAACCUUCCCGGAGCUGGUGACUCCAUUCAACAUCGAUCGCAUGCAGGAGCUCGUGCGUCGCGGCAAUUCGCAAUAUCCGGGCGCCAAAUACAUUGUGCGCGACAACGGAGAGCGUAUCGAUUUGCGUUUCCACCCAAAGUCCUCGGACCUCCAUUUGCAGUGCGGCUACAAGGUGGAGCGACACUUGCGAGACGACGACCUGGUCAUCUUCAAUCGCCAGCCGACGCUGCACAAGAUGAGUAUGAUGGGUCACAGAGUGAAGGUGUUGCCCUGGUCCACGUUCCGCAUGAAUUUGUCCUGCACAUCGCCCUACAAUGCCGAUUUUGACGGCGACGAGAUGAAUCUCCAUGUUCCCCAAUCCAUGGAAACGCGCGCUGAAGUCGAGAAUAUUCACAUAACACCGCGACAGAUUAUUACGCCACAGGCCAACAAACCCGUCAUGGGCAUUGUGCAGGAUACACUGACCGCCGUCCGUAAGAUGACGAAACGUGAUGUGUUCAUCACGCGGGAGCAGGUGAUGAAUCUGCUGAUGUUCCUGCCCACGUGGGAUGGCAAGAUGCCGCAGCCGUGCAUAUUGAAGCCGCGUCCACUGUGGACAGGCAAACAGAUCUUCUCAUUGAUCAUACCCGGCAACGUGAACAUGAUACGCACGCACUCAACGCAUCCAGACGAGGAGGACGAUGGACCCUACAAGUGGAUAUCGCCCGGUGACACAAAGGUCAUGGUAGAGCAUGGCGACCUCAUCAUGGGCAUUCUCUGCAAGAAGACGCUCGGCACGUCAGCCGGCUCCCUGUUGCAUAUUUGUUUCCUUGAAUUGGGUCACGACAUUGCCGGACGCUUCUACGGCAACAUCCAAACGGUGAUCAACAACUGGCUGCUGCUCGAGGGCCACAGCAUUGGCAUCGGCGACACCAUCGCCGAUCCGCAGACCUACAACGAAAUCCAAAUGGCCAUCAAGAAGGCCAAGGACGAUGUCAUCAACGUCAUUCAAAAGGCCCACAACAUGGAGCUGGAGCCAACGCCCGGCAAUACGCUGCGACAGACCUUCGAGAACAAAGUGAAUCGCAUAUUGAACGAUGCUCGUGACAAGACUGGUGGAUCGGCCAAGAAGUCCCUCACGGAAUACAACAAUCUAAAGGCGAUGGUGGUGUCCGGCUCGAAGGGCUCCAACAUUAACAUCUCACAGGUCAUUGCUUGUGUGGGCCAGCAGAACGUGGAGGGCAAGCGCAUACCAUAUGGCUUCCGCAAGCGCACUCUGCCGCAUUUCAUCAAGGAUGAUUAUGGUCCAGAGUCUAGGGGCUUUGUGGAGAACUCGUAUCUGGCCGGCCUGACACCGUCCGAGUUCUACUUCCACGCCAUGGGCGGCAGAGAAGGUUUGAUUGAUACGGCUGUGAAGACAGCUGAAACUGGCUACAUCCAGCGUCGUCUCAUCAAGGCUAUGGAGUCUGUGAUGGUCAACUACGAUGGCACCGUGCGUAACUCGGUCGGACAGCUGAUUCAGCUGCGUUACGGCGAGGACGGCCUCUGUGGCGAGCUGGUCGAGUUCCAAAAUAUGCCCACUGUGAAGCUGUCCAAUAAGGUCUUUGAGAAGCGCUUCAAAUUCGAUUGGUCCAAUGAGCGGUACAUGCGCAAGGUGUUCACAGACGACGUCAUCAAAGAGAUGACGGACAGCAGCGAUGCCAUCCAGGAGUUGGAGUCCGAAUGGGAUCGCCUCGUCAGCGAUCGCGAAAACCUUCGCACCAUCUUUCCCAAUGGCGACUCCAAGGUGGUGCUGCCGUGCAACCUGCAGCGCAUGAUCUGGAAUGUGCAGAAGAUCUUUCACAUCAACAAACGCCUGCCCACGGAUCUGUCGCCGAUGCGUGUGAUCAGAGGCGUGAAGGGAUUGCUGGAACGCUGUGUCAUUGUCACGGGCAACGAUCGCAUCUCCAAGCAGGCCAACGAGAACGCCACGCUGCUCUUCCAGUGCCUCAUCCGCUCGACAUUGUGCACGAAGUACGUCUCCGAGGAGUUCCGCCUGUCGACCGAGGCAUUCGAGUGGUUGAUCGGUGAGAUCGAGACACGCUUCCAGCAGGCCCAGGCAAAUCCUGGCGAAAUGGUGGGCGCCUUGGCUGCUCAGAGCUUGGGCGAACCGGCCACGCAGAUGACACUGAACACUUUCCAUUUCGCUGGUGUGUCCUCGAAGAACGUAACCCUGGGCGUACCGCGUCUCAAGGAGAUUAUCAACAUAUCGAAGAAGCCAAAGGCGCCGUCUCUCACAGUUUUCCUUACCGGCGGCGCCGCUCGCGACGCGGAGAAGGCAAAGAACGUGCUGUGCCGUCUGGAGCAUACGACGCUGCGUAAGGUAACAGCCAACACGGCCAUUUACUACGAUCCAGACCCGCAGCGGACGGUCAUUGCGGAGGAUCAGGAGUUCGUCAAUGUCUACUAUGAAAUGCCCGACUUUGAUCCGACGCGCAUUUCGCCCUGGCUGCUGCGCAUCGAGCUCGACCGCAAGCGCAUGACGGAUAAGAAACUGACCAUGGAACAGAUUGCCGAGAAGAUCAAUGUUGGCUUCGGCGAGGAUCUGAACUGCAUCUUCAAUGACGACAAUGCGGACAAGCUGGUGCUGCGCAUCCGCAUCAUGAACAACGAGGAGAACAAGUUCCAGGACGAGGACGAGGCAGUCGACAAAAUGGAGGACGACAUGUUCCUCCGCUGCAUCGAGGCCAACAUGCUCUCCGACAUGACACUGCAGGGCAUUGAGGCGAUCGGCAAGGUCUAUAUGCAUCUGCCCCAGACGGACAGCAAGAAGCGAAUCGUCAUCACCGAGACGGGCGAGUUCAAGGCCAUCGGCGAAUGGCUGCUGGAAACGGAUGGCACGUCGAUGAUGAAGGUGCUGUCGGAGCGAGAUGUCGAUCCCAUACGCACAUCCUCCAAUGAUAUUUGCGAAAUCUUCCAAGUGCUGGGCAUUGAAGCUGUGCGAAAGUCCGUGGAGAAGGAGAUGAACGCUGUGCUACAGUUUUAUGGCCUCUACGUGAACUAUCGUCAUCUGGCCCUGCUUUGCGACGUGAUGACGGCCAAGGGCCACUUGAUGGCCAUCACGCGCCACGGCAUCAAUCGGCAGGAUACGGGCGCCCUUAUGCGUUGCUCCUUCGAAGAAACUGUGGACGUGUUGAUGGAUGCAGCUGCGCACGCCGAGACCGAUCCUAUGCGUGGUGUCUCCGAGAAUAUCAUAAUGGGCCAAUUGCCCAAAAUGGGCACUGGUUGCUUUGAUCUGCUGCUGGACGCGGAGAAGUGUCGCUUUGGCAUUGAGAUUCCCAAUUCUCUGGGCAGCAGCAUGCUGGGCGGUGCUGCCAUCUUUAUGGGCGGUGGCUCCACGCCAAGUAUGACGCCGCCAAUGACGCCAUGGGUGAAUUGCCAUACACCCCGUUACUUUUCGCCAUCCGGGCAUGUAAGCGCCAUGACACCGGGUGGACCCAGUUUCUCGCCCUCGGCCGCUUCAGACGCCUCUGGCAUGUCGCCCAGCUGGUCGCCGGCACAUCCGGGCUCAUCGCCCAGUUCGCCAGGCCCUUCGAUGUCGCCGUAUUUCCCCGCUUCGCCCAGCGUUUCUCCAUCUUAUUCGCCCACGUCGCCGAAUUACACGGCUUCGUCGCCGGGCGGCGCCUCACCGAAUUAUUCGCCAUCGAGCCCCAAUUAUUCGCCCACAUCGCCGCUUUAUGCGUCCACAAGUCCGAGGUACGCCUCGACCACGCCCAACUUCAACCCACAAUCGACGGGAUAUUCGCCUUCGUCGUCGGGCUAUUCGCCCACGUCGCCUGUGUACUCCCCCACGUCGAAUUUCCAGUCGAGCCCGUCGUUUGCGGGAAGCGGCAGCAAUAUGUAUUCGCCUGGCAAUGCAUAUUCGCCGAGCUCGUCAAAUUACUCGCCCAAUUCACCGUCUUAUUCACCAAUGUCGCCCUCAUAUUCGCCGUCAAGUCCAUCGUACUCGCCCACGUCGCCCUGUUACUCACCGACAUCGCCUUCGUACUCGCCGACUUCGCCGAACUACACGCCCGUCACGCCUUCGUAUUCGCCGACGUCGCCCAACUACUCGGCGUCGCCGCAUUACUCGCCGGCAUCGCCGGCCUACUCACAGACAGGCGUCAAAUAUUCGCCGACAUCGCCAACGUAUUCGCCGCCCUCGCCGUCAUACGACGGCUCGCCAGGUUCGCCGCAGUACACGCCAGGCUCGCCACAAUAUUCGCCAGCCUCGCCCAAAUAUUCACCUACUUCGCCGCUGUAUUCGCCCAGUUCGCCGCAGCACUCGCCGUCGAACCAGUACAGUCCGACAGGAUCCACAUAUUCAGCGACAAGUCCACGCUAUUCCCCCAACAUGUCCAUCUAUUCUCCGAGCAGCACCAAAUAUUCACCCACGUCGCCCACGUACACGCCGACAGCGCGAAACUAUUCGCCCACUUCGCCCAUGUACUCGCCGACAGCGCCCUCGCACUACAGUCCGACGAGUCCGGCGUAUUCGCCGAGCAGUCCCACAUUCGAGGAAAGCGACGAUUAGAGUCGACCCAAGGCUGCUGCUCAACCUGCAGGCGAGAGGGAGAAGGCGAAGGGGGAUGAUGAUGAUGAUCUUUGACAUGGAUGACUAUUUCUUAAUAUAAGUAAAGU